AUGUGUUACGGAAAAUGUGCGCGGUGCAUCGGACAUUCUCUGGUGUGGCUGGCCAUCCUCUGCAUUGUAGCUAAUAUUCUGCUUUACUUUCCAAAUGGGGAAACAAAAUAUGCCUCCGAAAACCAUCUCAGCCGCUUCGUGUGGUUCUUUUCUGGCAUCGUAGGAGGGGGCUUGCUGAUGUUCCUGCCGGCAUUCGUAUUCAUUGGGUUGGAGCAGGACGACUGUUGUGGCUGCUGUGGCCACGAAAACUGUGGCAAGAGAUGCGCGAUGCUUUCUUCCGUCCUGGCGGCCCUCAUUGGGAUUGCAGGGUCUGGCUACUGCGUCAUCGUGGCAGCCCUGGGCUUGGCCGAAGGGCCAGUAUGUCGUGAUUCUCUUGGCCAGUGGAACUACACCUUUGCCAACACCGAUGGACAGUACCUUCUGGAUACCUCCACAUGGUCCCAGUGCAUGGAACCCAAGCAUAUUGUAGAAUGGAACGUCUCUCUGUUUUCCAUCCUCUUGGCCCUGGGUGGAAUUGAAUUCAUCUUAUGUCUCAUUCAAGUAAUAAAUGGUGUGAUGGGAGGCAUAUGUGGCUAUUGCUGCUCUCGCCAACAGGUAAGAGCUGUGAAAAUCGAUACGACUGCUAAAAGAACCACCCCACGACAGAACCACGAUCUUCCUUUAUUUCAUUGUAAUUUAUAUAUUUUACUUGUAUUAAUUUGUAAAACUUUGUACUAG